UUGGCGAAUACAUCCAUGGUAGAGACAUGGGGGCUGUUACAGAUGAUGAAGUUAUUCGGAAGCGUCUUCUCAUCGACGGGGACGGAGCUGGAGAUGACCGCCGAAUCAAUGUGCUGCUGAAGAGUUUCACUAAAUGGUGCAACUCUCCUGGGAGCCCGGAGGAAGGAUUCACACAGUACCAGAGGAUGCUGGGCACACUGGCCCAGUGUGAAUUCUCCAUGGGGAAGACCUUGAUGGUGUAUGACAUGAAUCUUCGGGAAAUGGAAAAUUAUGAGAAAAUCUACACUGAUAUAGAACAAAAUAUCACGUCUGCACAUGAGAAGAUAACUGAAUGCAAGAAAGAAAUUCUGAGAGCAAAGAGAAUACGAAAGAACCGCCAAGAGUAUGACGCUCUGGCUAAGGUUAUCCAGCAACACCCAGAUCGUCACGAAACGCUCAAACAGUUGGAGGCGCUUGACAAAGAACUCCAGCAGCUGUCUCACAUCAAGGAGAAUGUAGAUGCAAAGUUGGAGUUGAGGAAGAAGCAGUUCCAUGUGCUGCUGAGUACCAUACAGGAACUACAGCAGACACUUGAGAAUGACGAGAAAUCAGACAAUGAUGACAACAAUCAUGAGAGCCCUGCAGAGAAUGGUGAAUGACCAUGAAGUGGAAUAAAUGAAGCGAACCACUUUUACAUGAUUUUGACUUUGUCUAAGGUUACUUUUUGUAUGUAUUUUUGAAUAAAGUUUGAUUUUGAUUUUGA